AUGUGCGACUUUGUGCCUAUCCCGCUUUGUAUCCAGUGCGGAACAAAAGAUAACCCGUGCCACUGCAAGAUCAUCGGGCCUACGAUUGGAUUCGUCGUCACAGUGGGCAUGGCUAUCGUUUGUUGGCCAGCAUCGCUCCUGUGCUGCUGCUGUGCAACCGAUGCAGGCAAGAGCGUACUCGCAAUGCCUGUCGACACGGGAAAUGCCAUCAGCAACGCCAUACCUAUAUGA